AGUGGGCUGCAAGUCUAAUGAGCUCUCCGUCAUCGUGCUCGCUGAACGCACCGGAGGCUACUGCGGUAAGAUGCGACGAUGCCUCCGCCGCGGCGGAUGAUAUGAUGCGCACUGACCGAGCGAGUGAAGAGAGGGAGACAGAGCGAACGUCCACCGCUGUGUUCGGCUCUGACUGAGACGUUGGGACAGAAGGAUUUAACUGCUGAGCCCCGCUGCACCGCUGUGAUGCAGGCCGACUGAAGGAUGCUCCAGCUCCAGGGAGGGUUUCAUGGGCUUCGUCUGUAAACAGUGUGGAAGCGGAGGGACGUGAAGUGAAGGACACUUAAUCCAAACCUGAAGCGGAGACUCUCUGAAUCAAAUGAGGUCGCUUUGUGGCAGAUGAGUCUGAUGUGGAUGUUUCUUCUCUUCAUCGGGUGACUCAAAGAUAAGGACAACUCUAGCUUCAUGAAAACAACAAUUUUUUGGCAAAAAAAAACUCAGUCUCAGAGAGUCUGAGAGUCUGAGAGUCUCAUCGCUUGUGCUCUGUCUGCUUUGAAUGUUCUCCUUUUGUCAGAAUGAAUCACUGAGAAAUUCAUCAGAGGAUUUCAGCUGUUUCAUCAUCAUCAUGCCCACUGGAUUUCUUCUCAACUUUGAUCUUUCUACCUUUGCAUUGUCACGCUCUAGAUCAAGAAUAGAUUCCUGAUAGUGGCAGUAAUUCCUCUCACAGAUGAGAUUUCAACUUGACCUUACAGACUGAAGGAUAAGUGAGCACAAACUGAUAAAACAUAGAUGAGGCCAACAACAAGCAUCAUGCUCCAGCAGAAUAAUAACAACAACUACCCCUGUCUGAAUAUGUCGGGCUCCACCCGGGAGAUGCUCCAGAAGUGCUCCAGACCCUCUCUGCCUUUCCCCAGUCGCCUGGAGCUAGGCCUCGGAGACCUGCCGCUAAUCCGGGGCCUCCGAGCUUGGGCUUUGUGCUCUAAGAACCGCUGCAAGGCCGGUGGUGUUCUGGGAGGAGUGCAGGCCCCCACAGCCCCACCUGCAGGCCAAGGGAGUUCAACGUCGUGUCCCAGGCCUGCAGAUGUGUACCUGAGUGGGGAGUGGAAUCGCAUGGGGUAUGGACUUCCCUUGGGGCUGGAUGCCCGGCAGGCUGGUAUUGGAGCUUUGGUAACAGUUGCCUCUUUGAAGACCUCAGAGGGCAGCGGGAAGACACAGACUCAGUGCCUCUUCCUCCGGACUGAGAAAGGAAACUGCUUGUACUCGACAGCCAAGCCUGGUUCUCGGGCGAUUACUGGUGCAGUGUCCAGUGGUGUUGGAGGAUGGCUGAGAGGGAAGACAGGAGGUAGAGACAAUCCUGUCGGGAGGAAAGACAAUAGGCCAAAUCUGAUGGUGCAGCCUGGAGCAAACCGGGUAAGAGUGCGAUCAGGCCGGAGGUGGAGGAAGUCUGGCAAUGUAGCUGGCCGUGAGAAAGCGAGCGUGAGCAAAGAGAGGCGGCAGAGGAGCAGGGAGGGUCCUGCAGGAGAAAGGCAGGAAGAGCAGGACAAAGGAGGCCUGGACAGCCUGCAGCAGGACGGCAGGAGAGGCAGGCAAGAGAAGGAGGCAGUAUGCAGAAGUCCCAGAAGCUUCUACAGUGUUUCUUCUAAAACCUAUGCUCAGUGUGGAAGGAGAGCACAGAGAAAGGAGGAUGAAGGUGAGGGAGGUGAAAAUCUGAAAGCAGGUUUCCCAAGCGGACACAACAGUGAUGGGAAAGGAAUGAGGAAGGAGAAGCAAAAGAAUGCGGAAGAGGAGGAUGAGGAGGAAGGAGGCUUGUGUGAGUUAGAGUCUUCUAAUUCUGUUUUGGCUGAAUCAAAACCUGACCUAGAAUCUAACUGCCUUCACCCACAGUCCCUCAGUGGCUGUGAUGGUGAAGAGAACGUCAACAGCAACGAGGAACUGAAGAUACAAACCUCUGACGGCGUUGAAGACAUCUCAGAAAGAGAGCAGGAUACAAACUCUGAAGUUAUGAAAGUACACAUCAGAAACGAUGACUUCAUUCAUGUCCACUCUGGACAGUUGACUGACAGCUUUACAUCAAGACAUCACAGAGAUUUUAGUGACAGGGCAUCAACUGAAAACCCCUCUGAGGAAAUACUGGCUAAUGUAAACAGAUUUUCUGAUGUAGAGUCACAGAAAGAGAUGGAGAGAGUGGUGGGUGAAGAGAGGAGCGUGAAUGAGAGUCUUUCUAAAUUCUCAAAUGUGUCCAAAUGUGAGGAUGUCUCUCUGUCCCCUUGUCUUGCCUCCAUAAGUACUGCAGUCUCUUCUGGGUCCUCUACUCCUGCAGAGGGCAGCAUCCACUCUGCUGACCAUGCGGCUGGUUUGAUUAAAGGAGAAAAAGAGACCGACCGAGAGGGGCGUCCUCCAGAGGAGUCAGACCCUGCCAUCAUGGGUGUUGUCAGACUUGAUCCUCUCGAACCAAACUGUGUGGCUGAGGAGGACAGCAGUGAAGCUCAGAUUUACUUUCAAAAUGAGGAAAACAACAGACAGUUGGAGGAAAGAGAAGCUCCCCCUUCUCCUCUCAGACACACAGAUCCCUCCAUCAGUGGGACCACAACUGAAAACAGUUCUGUGAUGACUGAGUCUCAGUUGAGACACGAGGAGCAGGAGAAUAAAGAGGAGACGAGUGGCAGUGAAGCUGAGGAGGUCCGCAGGAGGGAGCACACCUGCAGAGAGCUGGACAGUGCCAGUGUUAACCGCCAUGACAGCGAGACAAGUGUUGGUGUCAUACUGGAGGACAAUUAUGAAAAAGAGAGCUGUUCAUCUGAGGACAAAGGGAGGCCACAGGGAGGAAGUGAGGAAGAUGAUGAAGAAGACGACACCUGUGGGGAAACAAAUGUUGCCCACAGAGAAGAAAAUGGAGAGAUGAGCGCUAACACCUCUUAUGUUGCCUGUGCCAAUCCCAUCACCUCUCAUGCACUCUCUCUGGUUAAUCCUGACCCCUCUCUGGGAUCCAUGGCAACCUGUGUGCAGGAGGAGGUGGAGGAGGGGGUGGAGCUCAGAGCGACAGCAGAAGACGGAGGUCAGGAAGGGAGCGGGAGGUACGGGAGAGAGCCUGAGGAGCUCUGUGAGGAGGACAGGGGUUCCACCCUGGCCACAGAAGACAUACGGAAGGAGGAGGAGGAAGAGGAGGGGGAAGAUGAGUUUGGAGUGUUCAUGCAGGCGGAGGAAGAGCCGUUGUGGAGCGAGGGGAUCAGCAUGUCUGCCUCAGUGCCUUGUGGGAUCAAAGAGAGUGUUGGUCUGGGAAACCACAUACCCACUGCUGAGUCAACCCUCUGGACACCAGGCUGGACGGACAGCUCGUUCCACCAAUCAGACGACGCUUGGACCGCUUUUCCCCAGGAGUCUUCAGAUGAAGGUGGAGACGUUGUGGGACAGUGGUGGCCCCGCAGUGCGGUGAAAGACAGGAGAGACGGCCUCUCAGCCAAUCAGAGCGUGGAGUCUGUCUUUGCCGAGUCCUUCCCCUCGCUGCCCGGCUCGUCCUCAAGUGACCGCUGUGACCUUGACACUGUUCCCACUCUGACCCAGCUCCUCAGAGGCAGAACCAACCAAGACCAGGGGCUGUUGGACAGUUUCCAUGACCUGAACAAAAUGAUUGGCCAGAGAUUCAAGAGAGCCAAUGGCGUGUCACGUGACCUGCUGCUGACGACGUUACACCUGGAGCAGCCGCACACUGAAAGCAGAGCCGCUCCCUGGACGGCCAGCCUGCGCCUGUCUCCCGGCCUCCCCUCAGCCAAUCGUCACGCUCAGAAUGCCGCUGCUAAGCGACGGCUGUCGUACGACCACAACAGAAACGUCAUGGAGUAACUUUGUGAUGCGUGAGCAAACACAGUUUGAAAAAAUUGCAGGACUGUGUCGGACGACAGAUUUCUCUGGAUUAAUGACGUGUGAAACAUGCUCAAACCCUAUUUGACCUUUGUGCAUCAUCUGGUCAUUAAAGCCUCAGCCACUGAAGACACGAGCAGAGCAACGCUGACGCCUCCAGUUCCUGUUCUCCAUCUUGAAUGGUGGAGUGAUUUCAUUACAUGUGCACCACCUUGUUCUUCACCUGUGUUGAUUUUAACUAUUGACCUUAGUACCAGCAGGCUGUCAUUGAGUAGAUCCUGCUGCACCUGUGGUCACAACGCACUCGCCACCAUGUUGGAGGAGGAGCCCAGUCCGUCCUGAUGUUUCCUUCUGUUAUAAUAUUAGAUUAGAUUUUUAGAAAGAAAAACUGAGCAAAAGUUUAAGAACAUGACCAUUACCCAGUUGUUGUUUUUUGUUAUUAUAUUAUAGCAGCACCAGUGAUUAGAGUAAAAACAUAGUUUCCCAGCUUUAAUCCUGACUCCCUGUGUUAGUUGUUUAUUUACAUUUUUGUUAUCGAUUAAGAACAAUAUCAUAGCAUUUUUACACAGGGAUGUAACAUUGUCUGCUUCAUCCACAGGAGAAGGUGGAGACAGUUUGACAUGACCAGGACCACAGAGGACAGACUGCUGUCGUGGCUUCACAAGUGUUAAACCUGGUAGUUACUGUUUACGUGUUGUUGAAUGCACAGUGUUGAAAAAUGAAAAGUCUGAACUUCAGGAAGUAACACCGAACAAAGACGGUUGGUCAGGCUUUUGUUCUGCUGCUGCAGAAUAAUGAGCGAACACUUUCCAAGCAGCACUUUCACAUGAUGAGGAGCAUCACAGUCUCCACAUGUAAACACCAGGAAGCUGCUUUGAGAUUAGAAUGAAAGACAAGGUAAAAAGCAAAGUAAACAACAAGUAUUACAAUUCUGCAGCAGCAUAAGAACAAAGUGUGUUUGGAUUAGUGAAAAAUUCAGAUUUAAUUUAGCUCCACAAAGAAUAAUCUUUUUUUCACUGUUUUUUUUUAUUACGAUCAUAAAUUAAGUAUAAAAACAGCCGGAGAAACUGAGUUGUCCUCAAACUUUUGGCCAAUAGUGAAGCAAGAUUAAAUCAACGUAGGCUAAUUUAAAGAAAUAAUCACCUCAUCGUUUCUGUGCUCAAGAUGAUUUUGAAUGGUUAGCACGCUGGUUAACUCGCUUCAGUAGUUCUGGCUCCUGCUAAGUUGGAUUCACUUGUUUGUGGAUGUAUGUUGUUGUUGUUUUAUUCUCACACGUUAAUCUUAUUCUUAUUCACCAAAAGUAUUAAAUGCAGCAAAUGAGAUGACGUGUUGUAGAAUGUUUGUAGAACGGUUGCCGUGGAAAUUGCAGAGAGUGGGAAUUUACUGCAUUUUAUACACUUUGUUAAAAAUGAAAUAAAGAAAUAAUUUGCCCUAUAUUUGAGGCAUUUGAUUUUUGGCCAAUUUUGUUUUGUUAUUCACUGCUAACAUGAAGCAUGAAGGCAGAUGAUAUGAUGUGAUACAGGAUAUGAAGCCGCUGUAUUUGUUUUGGUUGGAGAGGGAGGGAGAGGCAGUGAUGGGAUUCUCAUUCUCAUGGUGAUCUUUGGAACUGCUGCUAAUCUUUAUUCAAAUAUUCUGUAGCAGAUUUUCUGAAUCCUCCUCUUCACACACACACACAGUAUGUCUGCAUAUUUCAGUGUCAAAGUUCAUCAUCCCUCUGUUAUGAACAACAGAAAUAAAAGAAAAGAAGAAAAUGUACAGUAUUUUUUCACGUGGCAGACAAAGUUACUGACGAUGGGUGAACACAUCAAAGUGAAGAAUUUGCUUUUACUGUGCUAUAGUUACAUAUGAUAAAAUUAAAUGAAAUAAGCCAAUGACAGAAAUGAAACUUAAACAACAAAGCUUGUCUUCCAGUUAGUGCCAACAGGAACCAGUGACGCUGUUAAUGUUUACUAAGGUCACUAACUGCACUGACGUGAACUCAAGCACACAAAAACUCCAGCAUGUGAUGUUUUCUUUCUGAUUUUGUUUGUUUUGUUGUCGUCUUCCUGACCCGCCGCCAUGUCUAUGUGAUGCCACAUAGUUUUGCUGUGAAGGUCACAUUUUGGGCCAAAUUUGAAUUUAUUUUUCAUAGUAUUGUUCACGUCAGUGACACGCUGCUCAGUUUUCAGUUGGACUUGUGUGUUUUCACCUCAGAGCGUUUGUUUUGUCUUACUUGUGUUUCAUUUGUCAAUUGUUAUGAUUGUGUGUGCGUGUGCGCCAUCUGUAGACAUUUCUGACAACGAGACAGACGAAUAUUUUCUGAUCUGUUAAAAUGGGGAAUUAAAGGAGGACCUGUUGCCUUGGUAACUGAUGUAAUAAAAAUGAUACUGCGUGA